GCUCUGUUAGCUCGAUACAUGCUAGCAGCUUCCCUUUGUUGUGGUCCACCGUUUAGCGGUUGUGCUCCUGCUGUAAUAACUUAUAUUAAGACAGCUGCCGUUGUUAUUCCGUAGAGGAUGAGUGGCGGAGUGUACGGAGGCGAUGAGGUGGGAGCUUUGGUGUUCGACAUUGGUUCUUAUUCCGUGAGAGCCGGCUACGCAGGGGAAGACUGUCCCAAGGCGGAUUUCCCCACAGUAAUAGGUGUGACUCUUGACCGAGAAGAUGGCAGCACACCGAUGGAGACGGACGGCGACAAGGGCAAGCAGAGCGGCACCACAUACUACAUCGAUACCAACCAGCUGAGGGUUCCCCGGGAGAACAUGGAGGUCAUGUCUCCGCUCAAGAAUGGCAUGAUUGAGGACUGGGACAGCUUCCAGGCCAUUUUGGAUCACACGUACAAGAUGCACUUCAAGUCUGAGCCCAGCCUGCAUCCAGUGCUCAUGUCAGAAGCAUCGUGGAACACGCGAGCGAAACGAGAGAAGCUAACAGAGCUGAUGUUUGAGCAUUACAACAUUCCUGCCUUCUUCCUCUGCAAAUCAGCCGUGCUGUCUGCCUUUGCCAAUGGUCGGUCCACAGGUUUGGUUCUGGACAGUGGAGCCACACACACCACAGCAAUUCCAGUUCAUGAUGGCUACGUCCUGCAGCAAGGCAUCGUUAAAUCGCCCCUGGCCGGAGACUUCAUGAGCAUGCAGUGUAGGGAGUUAUUUCAAGAGUUAAGCGUUGAAAUAAUCCCCCCUUACAUGAUCGCAUCAAAGGAUCCAGUGCGAGAGGGAUCCACAGCCAGCUGGAAGAAAAAAGAGAAACUACCUCAAGUCACUCGUUCUUGGCACAACUACAUGUGUAAUUGUGUUAUUCAGGACUUCCAGGCUUCGGUGCUGCAGGUGUCGGACUCACCGUACGACGAACAAGUUGCUGCCCAGAUGCCCACUGUCCACUACGAGCUUCCCAACGGCUACAACUGUGACUUCGGGGCUGAGAGGCUGAAGAUCCCAGAAGGGCUGUUUGACCCGUCGAACGCUAAGGGUUUGUCUGGAAACACCAUGUUAGGAGUCGGUCACGUGGUCACAACCAGUGUGGGGAUGUGUGACAUCGACAUCCGGCCGGGUCUGUACGGCAGCGUGGUGGUGACCGGAGGAAACACGCUCAUCCAGGGCUUCACCGACCGACUCAACAGAGAACUGUCUCAGAAAACUCCUCCAAGUAUGAGGCUGAAGCUGAUCGCCAACAACACCACAGUGGAGCGUCGCUUCAGCGCCUGGAUAGGAGGUUCCAUCCUGGCUUCACUCGGAACUUUCCAGCAGAUGUGGAUCUCUAAGCAGGAGUACGAGGAGGGAGGAAAGCAGUGCGUGGACAGGAAGUGCCCUUGAUCUGACAUUAAACCCCGACAACCCUCCACAUCGCCGCAGAACUCACCGUCAUAACGAUUCACCUCGGACUCAGGAACACCUCACUCUUGUUUUGUAUGAUUUUUUUUUUAACCGUUCAUAUACCCGUCUGGAAGUCUGUUGCCUUAUCUGUGAGUCGCAUCAUUAAAACGAUUCUGAUCACACUGGGGAAGAACACAACAUGUGAAACUUAGAAGUAGCUGGACGGAAUUUGUGAAGACGAGGCAAACUCUGAGUGUAUUUGGAGGAUUAAGCUUUUAGUUUGGGGUGAAUUCAGUCUUUUGUUCAUAAGCCUUUAUCUGUUUCUGUGUAGCGAGUAAACUCAUCGUGAACAAAGCUUCCUGCCUUUGUUUACCAGCGUGUUGAAUAAACCUGUAUUUAAUUUUCA